ACAAUGGCGUCUAACCUGGCUGAGGACCUGCUGUGCCCGAUGUGCCUCUCCGUCUUGCAGGAGCCCCACCUGCUGGGCUGCGGCCACAGCUUCUGCCUGUUGUGCAUCAAAAGCUGCGUCCCCGUCGGGCAGGGCGCGGGGAGCUGCCCGGAGUGCCGCCGCCCCUUCGGGCCGCAGGAGCUGGCGUCCAACGUCGCCCAGAAAGCCCACCGUCUGGAGCCCGACGGCGAGCCGCUGCCUGCAGCCGCCCGCGACUUCUGCGAGGAGCACGAGGAGCCGCUGGAGCUCUUCUGUCGGCAGCAUGGCGUCCCCAUCUGCGUGAUCUGCCGGGAUCUGCCACGCCACCGGGACCACGAGUUCCUGCCGAUCAAAAAUGCUGUGAAGGACACGCAGUGGAAAUUGGAGACAAUUCUUAGAGAACUGGAGAAUUUCCUAAAGACCGCUGGUGAGGCCGAAUCUCUUCAGCUAGAAGAAAUGUCAGAGAUGGAGAAUUGCACUAAAGACACCUUGAGCCACAUUUCCAGAGAGUUUGAGGCUCUCCACCAGAUCUUGCAUGAGAAGGAAGAACGUUGUAAGAACAGAGUCCAGAAGAUAAGCAAGAAGAACCUGAAGGAUAUGCAGGACGCCGUAAUACAUCUGAAAGACGAAGCAUCUUCGUAUACAAAGAUGAUUGCCAGGAUUAAAGCAGCAUUAGAAACCACAGACCAUGUGGCCUUCCUGAAGGGCUUCAAGCAACUGAUGUACGAAACUGCGGUGGGCGAGGACGAAGGAGACAGUGGCGAAGAAGAGGCUGGGCUCGAGGAAGAAUGUGACAGCGAUGAAUGCGAGAACAAUGGCACGGAAGAUAAUUCUGGUUUGUCCGGUGGCAUUGCGAUGUCAGCGGCUGUAGCCCUUGAGAAAUUUGAGGCCUCGCUGGAUUUUGAUGUGUGGAAGAAAAUUUUGCAAUCUAUUGGGCCCAGGGACUGAUACCCCAACCCCAACCUUUUAUACAUAGAUGGCCUUGGCACGGUUAUCUGCUUGGCUUCGAGUGAUGGCCUGUAAUUGAACUAUAGUACUGACAGUGCUCUGAUUUUAUUAUUAUUAUUAUUCUCUCACCACCCACCCCUUCUCUCUUCCCCAUCCCCCUUAAUUCCACUAGUGGCACCACUACAGUUUUAAUGGAGGGUAAUAUUUUUGGACGGGCUUUAUAACAACAAUGUGAGGGAACUGGUAGCUUCUUCUGAGGCAGCUCUGAGGAAGCUACGCUUGCUGUUUUGAAAACACACCCCAUAUUAGCCUUUGCUGGAAUGGUGCCUUUCUGGUGUUUUGGACUACAAAUCCCACCAGCCCUAGCCAGCAUGUGUUGCCUGGGGCUGAUGGGAGUUGUAGUCCAAAACAUCCUUUUUCCCCUGAGCAGCAGUGGGGGUGGCCCAGGGGGCGGACCAUUGGCAGCUGUGUGAGGAAAGUUGUGGUCUUGCCCAGGACCCCAGAAGUGGAAGCUGGCACUGCCAGCAGGUAUUAUUUUAUUCUUUAUUGGCAAACCCAAGCAUGGGCAUUAGAUGGCAUACACUUUGGCAGAUGUGGAGAACCUUUUGCCCUCCAGAUGUUGCUCAGCUACAACUCCCAGCAUCCCCCUGCUAAUAUGAUUGGCAGCUAGGGAUGGUGUGAAUUAUAGUUCAGAAACCCCAGGGGCCAAAUGUUCCCCAUCCCUGCUCUAUAGUAUUUUGUAAAGUUAGUUUCAUUUUUUAAAAAAAGAUUCCAAAAUCUGCAUGAAACAUUCCGAUUUGCAGAAUAUCACGUUCCUAUGACUCGGCCCUCUGAAAUGACCUGUAUCCUCUGUUGAUUUGUCUUGUUUCUAUCUAAUUACUGAAUACUUUUUAAAAUUGUGAUUUAUUGAAAUGUUGCAUUGUUCGCCAAUGACGUUGGAAGGAACAGAAUAUAAAUAAAGAUUUCUCCACACACACACACACACACACACACACACACACACACUAACCACUCCUCACAAGAAGAUCCCAGGAUCAGCUUAUAGCACAGAAGCACAACACAAUUUGAAUAAUAGACAACAACUUGCCUCUCCCUAACCCCAAAACGAUAAUUCCAUGCUGGAAGGAGGACACUGAUAUUGUCAAAGAGCAGAGCCAAGUGUUGUGUCUUCAGCAAUGAAACCGAAGCUGUGAGCUGUACUUCUCUGGUUGUGCAAAAAAGGGUCCUUGUAAUUUCUGCCUGGCUUCUACAUUUUUUGUCCUCAUUGGUCCAUUUGACCUUAACAACCUUCAAAGCAAAUGGUCCUGUCUUUCCCCCUUUUUUUCCUUUUUGGCAACUGCCAUGGCCAAUUUUGGAAAAACCAAAGAAAAACCAAGUGAACUGAACCUUUCCAAAAGGGAUAUUUUAAAUCCUGUAUCUUUGUUAACCCAAAGAUUGCAUGAUCCUUUUGUAAGGAAACCAUGCAUUUUAAUUUUUAAGUCAUUUGGAACCUAUUUUCUUUGUUUUACUGCCAGCAGAUGGAGCCUUGUUUGCUGUAAUUUCUGGAGACUCUGAGUAAAAUAUU